GCCUGGCGGCAAACCCCGAGAACCGUCACCUCCAGCUCCGGGCUCCAGCUGGAGCUCCAGAGCUCCAGCAACUUUGAACGUAGCUAGUAUAUAUUCGACGCAUGAGCAGCGCUGAGUCACUGCAAAGUAGUUGUUCCGUCGCAAAGCAGAGCACUCAGCGUAUACACACAGACCAGUAGUUCGUCCACCUACGUCCACCAGUCCAUAGGCUGCCUCUGACCAUCUCCCCAAGACACAGACUCACCAAAUCAACAGCAAUGACCUCGUCCACGACAACGAGCAGCUCCGAACCGUCAUCCCCACGAAAAUGGCCCUUCAAUACCGCUCGCUCGACGGGGACCGAGUGCAUGCCCCUUCUCGCCGCCCUCCUCGCCGCCAGCGCGCUCGACGAGAUCUCGACCUCACUACACGACUUCUCCGACGUUGAGGGGUUCAUCCGCGGUCGGGGCCGCAUCGACGCCGAGGACCGCACGCUCGACGCGUCCCUAUUCUGGGUAUACCCGUCCAGUUUCUGGGGCCCGUUCCGCGAGACGGAGGAGGGCGGUGUCAAGCAGCACGGGCUGCUCGUCACGAUUGAGCGCGGGGCGAAGGUGACGGAGGCGAUGGAGGCAAUCAAGGCGAACUUCCAGCAGGAUGGAACUGCGCAUGUUCAUAUUGCUGCUGCCUGACGAGGACGCAGUCAUUUGCGUUAUGCGGUGAAUACUUGUUCAGAUAGCAUUUCGCGGCGGUGUCGUUGCGCUCGAGUGUUUCCCCCGGGAGCAAACCUCAAACACGACGUACAGGCUCAAGCUCAAGAGGCGCAGACGAGGUGGGCAGAUCACAGAUGUGCUGGGAAUCGGAUAGCAAAUGAUAGAACACUAUAGUACA